UUUAGGUAUCCCGGAACCGGAUCGUGUUUCCGCCCCCUUUCUCGCAUCGCCCGACUCACAAAUCACUGUCGCGCACGGGCACGGCCGAGUCGGCUCGUCCUUCCUCGGCACCGGACGGCGCCGGUAUCUCCAAUAUUCAUCCAUCACCUCCCUCGCCUCUCAGCAUCUCCUAUCUCCAACUGUUCAUCUGACCCAUUCGGCCUCUCCCCUCUACCUCUCAUCCCUCACUCUUCCUCUCAGGCAGCACCGACGAGAGGCGACAGCAUCGGGAUACCAUAUUAUCCCUUCUGGUGUGGCAUCUCGUUUCUCAGAUCUCGCUCCUCUCCAGCAACGCCGACAACAAGCGACCGCAUAAGGAAUUAGACUUUUAGAGGCAAUGUCAAGGGUGAUAAAGAAGUUCUUUAUUGCAUCCAUGAUCAUGUGGAUAGCUCCAGUAGUCAUCUUAUAUGGUUUUAACAAUCAUGUGUUUCCUGGUACAGGCCAUCUUUCUUCUUCAUCCCAAACACUUGUAAGUGGAUUCCUGGCUGUUAUAUCAGUGAAUCUGGUAAUUGGAAUCUACAUCUUCAUGGCACUGAAGGAGCCUAGCAACAGGGAGCACCAGCCAGAUCCUGCAUUUUUGGCAGAUGCAAAAGCUAGCAUCAACCAAACACAAGCAUCUACUGCGACAAGCAAUGACAGUGCAGAAACAAGGGAGAAAGCGGAAUGAGGCUUCGGGCUUACUUCAGAUGCUUUGCUUAAUUACCACCGAAUCAACGUUGUGUUCUUGUUUUUCGUCUAUACUUGAUUCGACAACAUUUGAAUGCAAAUAUUGCAUAGUCCACUGAAAGGUAUGCGAAGAUGAAUAUGUUUCACGAGAGUCUAACUAGGAAAAAUAUCGGCUUUCUAAUUUAGAAGAUCUUGUUUUUUGGGGGUCGUUUGGGCUUUUGAAGUGACACACUGUUUUGGGCUCUUGAGAUAAAUCUGUUAUUGUAAAUUUUCAUGA